CACCUAUCAUAUAUACACUUUCUUGGCGAAACAAAAUGGAUGGGAAUUCCGGCCUAUUUUUAGGCAUUGGACAAUAAAGUAAACACCUUUUUUGACUUUUUCCCUUGAAUCAACAAAAAUUCUUAAACCCUUUACCUAAAAUAUCAAAAUUGAAAACCCCCAACAUUAACAUGGAUUAUAAUCAUCAUCAUCAUCGUCAUCAUCUUCGUGGCAGAGGUGAAAAGAAAGUUUUUCAUGGAUUUAUUACAUCCGAGGUGGAGAAAAUGGAAAGAGUAUUAAAGGAAUCAAGGGGGCGUCUAAGUGAGGACGUGUUCAAGAAUUUGGCAAGAGGAUUCAACCGUUCUGCAGGUCGUGCAGGAAAGCCUCUUUUAAAGUGGACUGAGGUACAAAGUUGGUUUCUGGAUAGGCAACAACGUCACGUUUCAAAAGAAGGCCAGGAAGUUUGUCCCUUGAAGAAUAUGAACGAGACGUUUGACAUUUCCAAAGGAGAAAAAGCUAUAGAUCUGUCAACGUUGGAAUUCGAGGCAAAGUCAAUAGAUGAUGCAUGGUAUGAUGUGGAAACUUUUAUUACACACAGAAUUCUUAGUUCAGGUGAACCUGAAGUUCUUGUAAGAUAUAUUGGUUUUGGGACAGAAGAGGAUGAAUGGGUUCCUGUCAAAAAUGUACGGGAACGAUCUGUUCCAUUCGAGCACUCAGAUUGCAAUAAAGUUAUGGUUGGAGAUACUGUACUUUGCUUCCAAGAGAAACCAGAUCAAGCAAGAUAUUAUGAUGCUCAAGUUAUAGAUGUUCAACGGAAAUUGCAUGAUAUUAGGGGAUGCAGGUGCAUUUUCUUGAUUCGGUAUGAGCAUGACAACUCUGAGGAAAGUGUUCGGUUGAAGAGACUCUGUUGCCAGCCAGAAUGUUAGAUACAAGUUCCUCUUCAAAAGCAUUACACUGUUGACAUAUAUUAGAUGGUUUUAUCCACGACUCCAGGUGGUUUAUGUCUUUAUGGAAGAUCUAGCAACAUUGUUGAUAGGAUUAGGUAUUUACUGGUAGCAAUGGUAUUGCCGGUUGGGGCUUUGAGUAUUUUUUUGCCAAAUCAAAAUAUAUGUUAUUUGGAAAAAGCAGCAGGGCAAAACAAGGCUAAAUUCUUCACAUAUAUAUCUAUUGAUGGAAUUAUGGGUUCACUUGUAGCUCUUCGGGGUAAUGUACACAUACUUAGUGUUGAUAUAAUGUAUAAUGCAUAUUAUGAUUAUUUCUUCCUA